CCAUUUUCAUUUCCUUUUCAGUGAAGACGCCCGCCGCUGUUGUUUUCUGUGAUUAUAAAGCACGGUUCUUGUUAGUAAACCCAAGCGGCCCACGCCCAGGGAGAGGGUCACUCACACCAGCACGCACGCGCAAAGCUCUCUUUGGUGUCAAACAUGGCUGUGCUUUUGGAUAAAGAAAAAUGCUGAAUUGUCUUGGCGGAGCUAACAAAUUCAACCAAACAUGUCGAGGCUGGUUGAUUAUUUGAUUGUCGUGGGAUACGAUCAUGAAAAGACUGGGUCAGGGGAGGGUUAUGGAAAAAUAAUACAGCGUUUCCCACAGAAAGACUGGGAUGAUACCCCCUUCCCUCAGGGAAUAGAGAUGUUUUGCCAGCCGGGGGGAUGGCAGCUGUCACGGGAGAGGAAGCAGCCAACCCUCUUCAUGGUGGUUCUGACUGACAUCGACUCAGACCGGCACUACUGUGCUUGUCUUACUUUCUUUGAGGCAGAGAUCAAUCUCCAGGGUUCAAAGCAUGAAGGAGAAGAGGAAGAGGAUGAAGAGAGUGGCUUGAUACAGCCAGCGCAAGUAUUUGCACCAAAAAGUCUCGUACUGGUCUCAAGGCUACACUUCCCCGAUAUAUUCAGGGCUUGCCUUGGCUUGAUCUACACAGUGUACGUUGACAGUCUACACUUCCCUCUGGAGGGGCUCAUUGCAAACCUCUUCACAUGCCUCGUGCCGGUGGCUGGUGGUUCUCAGAAAUUGUUUUCUCUGGGAGCGGGAGACAGGCAGUUGAUACAAACUCCGUUAAAUGGCAGUCUUCCAGUGACCCACACAAGUGUUGCUCUCCUGUUUCAACAGCUAGGAAUUCAGAAUGUGCUCAAUCUGUUUUGUGCCGUUCUAACGGAACACAAGGUUCUGUUCCAUUCCACCAGCUACCAGAGGCUUGGAGAUGCAUGCAGGGCACUGGAGGCAUUAAUGUUUCCUCUCAAGUAUAGUUAUCCUUACAUUCCGAUUCUUCCCACACAAUUACUAGAAGUUCUGAGUACUCCAACUCCCUUUAUUAUUGGUGUGCACUCAAUGUUUCAAAGUGAAAUCCAGGAACUGUUAGAUGUGAUCAUCGCUGAUUUGGAUGGAGGAACUAUCAAAAUUCCAGAAUGUAUCCAUCUCUCCCAUAUUCCAGAGCCACUGCUCCAACAAACGCAAGCAGCUCUUUCCAUGGUCUUACACCCAGACCUACAAGUAGCAGAUCAUGCAUUUCCGCCUUUACGUACUGCUCCCUCUAAUGCAAAAUUGCUGGACAAAGAGGUGCGAGCAGUGUUUCUUCGAUUAUUUGCACAGCUGUUUCAAGGAUACAGGUCCUGCUUACAACUCAUUCGUAUCCAUGCUGAGCCUGUUAUUCACUUUCAUAAGACUGCCUUCCUGGGUCAGUGUGGCUUGAUCGAGAAUGAAUUCCUCACUAAGGUCCUGGAUGGAAUGGCAUUUGCUGGCUUUGUGUCAGACAGGGGGCCCCCAUACAGGGCUUGUGAUCUGUUUGACGAGAUAGUUGCUUUUGAUAUUCAGCGAAUUAAAGAAGAGGACGAGAACUCAACAAAAAUGCUGAAGCACAUUCGGGAGCUUUCAGAGCAGCUUUUUAAGAAUGAAAACCCAAAUCCCCACAUGGCUUUCCAGAAAGUGCCUAGGCCUAGUGAGGGAUCCCACAUGCGUGUCCACGUACUGCCAUUCCCCAAGAUCAACGAGGAUAAGAUCCAGACCCUCAUCCAGGAAGGCAUGGCCAAGUACCAGAACACCGCCCCUCCUGUGCGAGUCGAGAAGAAGUGUGUGGUGCCUGCAGGAAAGCCAGUGGUCUCAAUAAUGGCCAAAACAGGAUCCGUUUUUAACAGUGCCCGCAGGCUGGAGGUUGUUCGGAGUUGCAUCUCAUUCAUAUUUGAUAAUAAAGUCCUUGAGACAGAAAAGACUCUCCCUGCUUCUCUGCGGGCUCUAAAAGGAAAGGCUGCCCGGCAGUGUCUGACACAAGAACUCAGUUUACAUGUUAAGCAAAACCGAGCAAUACUGGACCAUCAGCAGUUUGACUACAUUGUGCGGAUGAUGAAUUGUGCACUACAGGACUGUUCCAGCUCUGAAGAAUACAGCGUUGCCACAGCUCUGCUGCCCCUAACAACAGCCUUUUACCGGAAACUGGCUCCAGGAGUAAACCAGUUUGCUUAUACCUGUAUACAAGACCACCCCAUCUGGACCAACCAACAGUUCUGGGAGGCAACAUUUUACAGUGAUGUUCAGAAUCAGAUCCGAGCCCUCUACCUCAAUGCCACUGAGGACAGACCGGAACUGAGCCUUAAACAAAAGGAGAGAGGACCUGCAGUUCCAGACCAUGAGAAGACAGCAAUGGACUUGGCUGCAGAACAGCUGCGUGCAUGGCCAUGUCUGAGCAAGGAGAAGCAGCAGGAGCUGGUGAAGAAUGAGGAGAGCACAGUGUUCAGCCAGGCCAUCCACUACGCCAGCCUCAUGGUCUACCUCCUGGUGCCCCUGGACACCAGCAAGAACAAGCUGCUGAGGGGCUGUGCCACAGGGGACUGGGAGAGCGGGAGCAACAGCAUCGUCACAAACAGCGUUGCUGGCAGUGUUGCAGAGAGCUUUGAUACCGAAAGUGGGUUUGAAGACUCGGAGAACAGCGACAUUGCCAACUCGGUGGUGCGGUUCAUCACGAGGUUUAUCGAUAAAGUCUGCACGGAAAGCGGUGUCACUCAGGACCACAUCAAGAAUUUGCACAGCAUGAUACCAGGCAUUGUUGCUAUGCAGAUGGAGACAUUGGAAGCAGUUCAUCGGGAAAGCAAGCGUCUGCCACCAAUACAGAAGCCCAAGAUCCUGCGGCCGCCAUUGCUCCCUGGUGAAGAGUUUGUCUCCGAAGGGCUGCGUGUCGUUUUGGACCCUGAUGGACGGGAGGAAGCUACAGGAGGAAUGCUGGGAGGGCCUCACAUCCUACCUGCGGAGGGGGCUUUAUUUCUUACCACGUACAGGCUCAUUUUCAAAGGCACACCUCACGAUCCUCUCGUGGGUGAACAGACUGUGAUUCGUAGUUUUCCUGUUGCAACCUUGACCAAGGAAAAGAAGAUUACAAUUCAGAAUCAGCUGCAACAGAAUAUGCAGGAGGGACUGCAGCUGAGAUCAGCGACCUUUCAGCUUAUAAAAGUAGCAUUUGAUGAAGAAGUAAGCUCUGAAAUGGUGGAGAUCUUCAAGAAGCACAUGCAGAAAGUCCGCUAUCCCCAGUCUAUCUUCAGCAUGUUCGCUUUUGCAGCAGGACAGGUGGCACCACAAAUCAUUCUCCCCAAGCAAAAAGAAAAGAACACGUCUUUCCGCACUCUUUCAAAGACUAUUGUAAAAGGAGCCAAAAAGGCUGGGAAGAUGACAAUUGGGCGCCAGUAUACAGCCAAGAAAAAGACUGGUACUCUUGUGGAUGAGAAGGGGAACCGCACAACCUGGAAUGAAGAUGAUGAUGUCUCAGUUUCGGACGACGGGGAACUUCCAACAAGUAGCACACUGAAGGUGUCGGAGAAGUCCACCAUGGAGCAGCUGGUGGAGCGAGCCUGUUUCAGGGACUACCAACGCCUAGGAAUGGGCACCAUUAGCGGCAGCUCCUCCCGCUCCAAGACAGAGCAGUUCAGAAUCACAACUGUCAACAGGAUGUAUUCACUCUGCAGAAGCUAUCCUGGACUUCUGGUUGUACCUCAUUCAGUGCAGGACAGCAGCUUGCAGAAAGUGGCCCGUUCUUAUCGCCACAAUAGGCUGCCCGUCGUCUGCUGGAAACACUCCAAAACCAAAGCCGUGCUGCUACGCUCAGGCGGGUUUCAUGGGAAAGGAGUCACGGGACUCUUCAAAACCCCAAAUCCACAUACUGCAGCUCCUGCUUCAUCUGAAUCCUCCAGCAGUCUUGAACAAGAGAAGUAUCUUCAAGCCCUUUUGAGCGCAAUUCCCAUCUACUUCAGAAUGAACGGCAAUAACACUCUCACACGCCACCCCGCUCUAGCCCUGUCCCCAGGUAGUGAAAGGCGGACUUCGAGAAUGUCCAGUGUGAUGAAACAGGUUGUGCCAGUCCAUUUGGACCUGCCCUUUUCAAACAGUUUUGCGCGAGGAGUGAUUGGGUACAGAGAUAAACUAUUCACUCAUGCAAACCAAAAACCUGCACCUAAGGGAAGAGUCCACAAUCAAGGUGUGUGGGCAAGUCUCCGAUCCAGCAGCCGCUUCAGUCAUCAGCUUCCCACUGUUGACGUUGGUGCGAGGUUAGCAAGCAAAGACACUACCCAGCCUGUCGGCAGCGAAACCCUGCAGGCUCAGCUGCUCAAACAGCAGGCUGCCCUCUACAUAUUCGGGGAGAAGUCCCACCUAAAGGGAUUCAAAUUUGACCUGACGAUGAACUGUGAACUUGUGCCUGUGGAGUGUGUUGAUGUAAGGCAGGUGAAAGCCAGUUUCAAAAAGCUGAUGCGCUCCUGUGUUCCCAGCUCCAUCCCCUCAGACAAUGAGGUCACUUUCCUAAAGAGUCUGGAGGAGUCUGAAUGGAUGCAGCAGCUUCACAAGAUAAUGCAGCUCACUCUGAUCCUCGCAGAGUUACUCGAUAGUGGCUCUUCAGUAAUGGUCAGCUUGGAAGAUGGCUGGGACAUUUCCACCCAGGUCGUGUCCCUAGUGCAGCUGCUCAGUGAUCCGUUCUACAGAACACUGGAAGGCUUUCAGAUGCUGAUCGAGAAGGAAUGGCUGUCCUUUGGUCACAAGUUCAGCCAGCGCAGUAACCUGACUCCCAGCAGCCAGGGCAGUGGCUUCACUCCCCUCUUUCUUCAGUUCCUGGACUGCGUGCACCAGAUACACAACCUAUAUCCCAUGGAGUUUGAGUUUAAUCAAUACUACCUGAAGUUCCUGGCCUACCAUUAUGUCUCAAACCGUUUUAAAACGUUUCUGCUGGACUCCGACUAUGAACGACUAGAACACGGAACAUUGUUUGAGGAUAAAGGGGACAAGCAGGCCAAGAAAGGGAUCUGUAUUUGGGAGUGCAUUAACAGGAUGCAUAAGAGAAGCCCUCUGUUCUUUAACUAUCUGUAUGGACCCACAGAAUCAGAGCAAGUACUAAAGCCCUGUAUAAACAUCUCAAACCUGAAAAAUUGGGAUUAUUACACAGGAGAGACACUGUCCACCGGGCCUUCCUAUGACUGGAAAAUGGGUCUGACUCGAGCUGAAUCGACAGAAGAGUCUGACUGCGUUGUCUCCACAAGCAGGAGGAAGAUCGUGUGGCCAUGUUACAGCAGUGUUAGCAGAGCACAGCCUGAUGCAAUUACUAAACUCUUAGCAGACAUUGAAAGGUUAGAGAGUAAGCUGAAUCAAAGCCCGGAAGGCUGGCAGGUGACAUUAGAAAAAGUAAAGAUCAGCAUUAAAGAAGAUAUCAAACUGGAGAGCAGUUUGCACAAGCAAUCCAGUUCUGCCUCAGGGUUGCUGCCCACUAACCUGCAGAACUUUCAGAGAAGAUCAAUGCUGCACCUGCCUGACAGCAGCCUUGGGGAGGAAAACAGCCUCACAGCCUCUGCAUCCAAUGGAGUGAACAGGAGAGCUGCUACACUGUACAAUCAGUUCACAUCAAAGAAUGAGGAAAGCAGGUCAUUUGAAGGCAUACUCUUCAAAAGAGGUGCUUUGUUGAAAGGAUGGAAACCUCGCUGGUUUGUUUUGGACAUCACUAAACAUCAGCUGAGGUACUAUGACACAGGAGAAGACACAAACUGCAGGGGACACAUAGACCUCGCAGAAGUUGAAUCUGUGAUUCCGACAGCACCUACAAUAGGAGCACCCAAGCAUGUGAAUGAGAAGGCCUUUUUUGAUCUGAAAACAACCAAACGUAUGUAUAACUUCUGUGCACAAGACGCUCAAGUGGCUCAGCAGUGGGUGGACAAGAUACAGAGCUGUAUUUCUGAUGCCUAACUCAAGAGGAAACACCUGCGGUCUACUCCAGAAGAAAUCGAGCGCUGUAGCUGUGUUGUGUUUUGGGGAAGGGUGUUCUAAUAAUGUAUUUAUUUUUUUAAGCCAUUUUUUCUGUGCAAAAGUGUCUGGGACUAAUUUAGAGGAUUGCACCGACGACACAAGAUAAUUCCCAUGUUAAAUGUUAAGAGUCUACUGCACUGGCUACAGGAUUCUGGAUGACAUUUGGUAAAAGCGGAUGAUUAAUUAGCUUACAUUCGAUGAUAAUUACAUUUUGUAAAUUAAUUUACAUUCUACUGCUUACAAUUUCUAAAAAUGUAAAACCACCUAAAUACACUCAGUUGUGGCAAAAUGCACUACAUAGCAAGACAAAUACUUGCACUUAAACCUGUGAUUCACAUUCCAAAGCAGACUUUCGUUUUAAACAGCUGAAACACUGAGACAAUGGCAUCACUUUAUAAAUAUGUACAUAUUUUACUACAUUUUCCCAGUAACAGUUUCAUAUUUAAAAAAACCUUUUUGCAAACUAAAAGUUAACAAAUGUUUUUUUUAACUGAUUUUGUUAAAGGAAAGUGAAUGUUUAAGCCAUGUGUUUUUUUUUUGUUUUUUUUUUAAAUGUGUUGCAUCUUGUAAUGUAAAUUAAAAAAAUGAUAUUAAUUGUGUAGCUUGUCUUGUAUCUGUUUUACAUAUGUAAAUAUCUAUUUUUUGGUAGCUUGUUAUACUUUUAUAUAGGUAAGCAGGUCAUUUGUAUCUAACCUAAAUCAGAUUAACAAUGUUCUUGUGUUUUAAUCAUUUUAAUGAUUCCAUGGGUGUGCUGUUCUACAAAUUGAGACAUUCUGUUUAGCAUGAAGGGAGCAAAAGGACCAAUUCCUGGAUUGCAAAACUAUC